AUGGGCUUCAUUCUGCGCCCUUUGGGCCUUUUUGUGCUGGGAGGCUUCCUCUUCGUGUCACAGAUUGUUCUCCAGGAGCAUGUUUACAGCGGCAACUGGCUCCAAGACGAGCUGACCGAGAACGAGAAGGAACACAUGCACUGCUAUUUCAUGGAGCAAGUCGACAGGGAAACCGCUGUCAAGGACAAGGAGAAACUGAUGAAAGGGCAGCCUGUCCCAGAGUUCUUGACGAUCACCAACUUGAACAUGACCUAUCACAUGCACCAUACCAACUGCAUGACGAAUCGGGCGUGCAAGCUGGAUUUGGCCGGGAUCAACUACACAAAAGUGCACACGACAGAUGUCUUCGAAUGGAUCACUGCUCUGUGGGGGGAUCACAUACGUCGUGCGCCACCCUCGCAGUGUCACCUGGCGAAUCAGAUCCAACCGGUUCCUGCGUUUAACGUGCCGAUGGAGGACUUCGCUGCGUUGGAAAUGAAGACGGACGAGCCGAAGCAUUUGCGCUUUGCCCCUGCGUAUUUGGGGGCAGAUGGCUGGUGGUGGAACUUCACCAUGUACUUUUCAACGGAGAUGCAGACGGCCUGCCACUACGAAUGUGUCGCUUGGGGAGACAGCACUGCUGUGGAGAAAUUGCUGGAAAUCGGAAUGGUUCUCGGGGGUGGCUAUGCCAUCUUGCUGUUCGCCAACGAAGUAGGAAACGCCCUGGGCAAUAGCCUCGUGGACCGAGAUAUGAAGCCAGCGCGUCUCGCAGAGGUGGUGAUCAAAGAUUUUCGGGUGCUCUAUCACGCCAUCCCCGGAGCUCUUCGGGCUCUGUGGGAUGGCUCCAGCCGCAGUGAAAACUUCUUCUUCAGUUUCAUUGUCGUGACGGCGCAGGCCACUAUCUUGAUGCUGGUGAAAGCCUUUGUCGGCGUGUAUGUGAUUCUGACGUACCGUUCCCUUGUCGUCCGCUACUCCGAAUCCCUCGCAGAUCGCGGCUUGAUCCGCUGCCUGAUCUACGUUAGCCUCUUCAACGUGGCUUUGCGGACGAUCUUCUGCUUCACCAAAGAUAUGUGGAAUCAGGGUGAAGACAACGGCUUCCACAAGAUGGAAAGCAGCUCGGAGGAGGGGAACCGGAACAAGAAGGAGAAACACUUGAAGUCCUUCGACCUCUACAAGUGGAUGAAGCUGAGCUCGACAGAGGUGCUCGAUUUCCUCUUCGAUUAUAUCUACAACCUCGGGAAGGAAGAGCUGGAAAGCGACGAGGACAUCAAAGUGAAAAUGAUCUUCCAUGCCACUGAGGACCAGUGGGAGAUUCCGGUUGGAGCGGAGGGGACCAUCAGAAAAACUUCGGGCUAUGGUGCCACUUUCGAAGGAAGCAAGGUCUUCGUGCACUUCCACAAGGGCAUCAGGCGUGUGGACGAGAGGCCGGAGAGGAGGAGGGACUCGGAGAAAGGCGAUUCCAAGGGAUCCGGAAAGGGUUCCUCCCCGCGCAGGGACCAAGGGCAGAGGAGCCAUAACCCCCCGGUCAAGAUCCCCGUGGAUCCGACUUACCUCACAGAGAAGAACGAGAAGACGGAUGAUGCACAGGAAUGGCUUUUUUGGGGGGAGUUGCUUGUGUGA